UUGUAAACAUCAAAGAGAAUGGCAAAGAAAACAUGUCGCCGGCUGAGUCAAAGGGAUCAAGAGUUGCUUUGCGAAUUCGUGCGGAAAUCUUCUACGUGUGCGGCAUGCCAAGACCCGGAAUAUGUGCUCCGUGGAGUGCCCCCGGGUUGGGAUUUUCCGGGGUCACCACCCACUCCAUCGCCCUCAUCGAAACUGAUCCCGCAGGGGGGUGGGUUCAAGGUGAACUGACUGGCCUGGCCUGGAAACCAUUCUGCGUGCAGGUUACAUCGCCAGUCAGCAUAGAUAAUACAUUGAGA